CAGUCACGAGAAUUAUAUUUCCCUUCUGUAUCUUUGUAACAGAUCUUUGACGCUUUCUGAUCGUUAGUAGCAGAUGUGUGGCGCUUGAUAAUCGAUCGAGAAACGGUUGUAACGAAUAAACUGACCCCAGAUCCGGAAAGUGAACUCGACUUUGUUGUAGUAACAUCAGCUUGAUCCUUUCUCUCUUUUUUUCAGUCAGCUUGAAUAAAGAUAUAAAAAAUGAGCGGGCCUAUCCGUAAAUUGAUGAACCGUAUCGAUCGGGAAAAAGAGAAGAAUAUCCGUGACAGCUUACCAUCUCCUGGGGAUCGCCACCUGGGGACAGAUGUUCUUUCACGAGAACCACAAAUAGAUCAGCCUAUUAUUGGUGGUAGUGACCAAAGACAUACAAGUCACCCAUGCCAGAUACGAAAAAUUCCAUAUGCAGCACUCGAUAGUAGAAGAGGUUCGCCCAAUACAAGAAACAACCAAAACCGGGAAUGGAACAGGACCCCAAAUUUUUGGAAUAUUACGCAACUACAUGAAUUUGACCUGAAGGAUUCGGCACACAUUCUUAUUACAUUAGGUCAUGAUUACAGUCGACUACACGAACUUUUAAACGCACAGCGACAAGAUAAAGAAUCCGUCAGGCUAACUCUUUCGAUACUAGCUAAGGCAUGCACAUGUUUUUCCCUUCCACAAAAUCUUAACAUAAUCUUGGGUACAUUACAUCGUUCGUUAUUUUUCACCAGGCAGAUAAGUAAUGUAAUACUGGGCAUUAGUAGGGCAGAUGGCAAAGAGGCACAGCGAAAAACUAUCUUAAAUAUAAUUUGUAUUCUGCGUGAGCUGUUUAUUCGAAUACCGGGGCCAAUUGCAAAUCAAAGCGGUGUGUUAAUUUUAUUACGUAGAGAAAUAGAGAUUCUACAAGAAACUACAGAAGUUAUUGACGAGGAUAUCAUCGCAAAUUUGGAAGAAGUCCUUGAUUUAGAAAGGAUAAAGCGCAAGAAUCUGAAAGCAGAUCCUCAAAGAAUACUACAUAAGGAUUCAGAUGGUGAAGGUGAUGCCCCCAAUGACUACCGGGAAAUGUCGUUGUUGCCAACAUUGGAUGAUUUAAACGCUAAUAUAAAGCCGUUCUUGAGAAAAAACAAGGUUAAAGGAAGGUAUGAUGAUGUGAAUCAUUACUUAGAUGUACAGUUUCGCUUACUUAGAGAAGAUUUUAUACAACCUCUUCGUGACGGUAUAGCUAAAUAUCAAGCAACAUUAGGGGACUCUACGCAACGGUUACAAGAUAUACACGUUUACAAUAAUGUGACUUUUGUUCGACCUAAUUUUACACAUACAGGCAUUCUUUAUCGUUUACGUUUUGACACAUCACGCUUGAAACUAAAAAACUGGACCUCAUCUAAACGGUUAAUUUAUGGUUCUUUGGUGUGUCUAUCUUCUGACAACUUCAAAACCUUCUAUAAUGCCACGGUAUCUGAUAGUGAUAGGGAGCUUAUAGCUGAUGGCUACAUAGAUCUAAAGUUCGAGCAUGAUAUUGAAGAAAUUAACUCCAUCGAUCCAGAUCAGCGAUUCAUUAUGGUGGAAUCUACGGCAUUUUAUGAAGCAUACAGACAUGUGCUCAAAGGACUCCAAUGCUUAACGGCUUUGCCAUUUGAAAAUCAUCUCGUACAAUGUCAUAAUGUCGUCGACGCGCCAGAGUAUAUAAAAAGAAUUCCUGGGGCACGAAUAGAUUUGCGACCUUUGGUUGAUUUAAAGGAUAAAAACAAUCACAGUGUUUCACAAGUGAAUGUUUUAGACCCAGAGUCAUGGCCAUCACACGAAUUGCUUAAAUUAGAUGAAUCCCAAUACAGAGCCCUGCAAACAGCUUUAACAAAGGAAUUUUCAGUAAUUCAGGGUCCACCCGGUACUGGUAAAACUUAUGUUGGAUUAAAGAUUGUUAAAGCUUUGCUACAUAAUUCUAAUGAUUGGAUUAAGGAAGACAUCAAUAAAAAACCAAUUCUGAUAGUAUGUUAUACAAAUCAUGCUUUGGAUCAAUUCUUAACAGGAAUCCUUCAAUUUCACAACGAAGGUGUUAUUCGAGUCGGGGGGAGAAUAUCUGAUACCAACCUAGAAAAGUAUUCUUUAAAAACCCGGAAGAAUGAGGCGCGGUGCGUCGGUCAUUAUAAAGACCUGGGUCGAAUUAGUUGUACUUAUGCUGAAGACCUUGAUCACUUAAAACAACGUACGGAUGAUAUAUCUUCACGCAUUGAUACUUCCGAAAACCAUGUUCUUUCAUGGAACAUCCUUUGCAACGUCAUGUCUCCACGACAUAAACGACAAUUUGAAGCCAUUACAAUAGUCACAAAAAAUAAUAUAAUGGCUACACUUUUUGCAUGGCUAGGAAUAGGAUUAGGAAACUUGUGUGGUCUGAAAUCCGUUAAGAAAAGUUCACAACAAAAUAGUGAACAUAAAGGAGGCGGGGUUAUAAACGUUACUGGAGAUUAUGACAUUGAACGGAACAAAAGGAUUCUGCAUGAAGAUGAAUCAACCGACGAAAUAUAUACACACCCCAAAGAUACUGAUAGCUUUAACACGUUUCAAGAGGAGGCCGGGUUCCAACUAGACAGGAAGCAGUACAAUAAACUUAACCGAAAAUUAGAACAAAAUAUAAAAUCUGUUACCAAACUUAAAGCAGCUGAGCCUGAAUCGGUAAAAAACGUAUGGAGUGUUGAUUCCACUACACGAUGGAAACUCUAUAAAUAUUGGGUUUCUCAAUACCGCCAACAGCUAAGGCAAGAUUAUUUAGACUACUGUACCGAAUAUAUGGACACCGUCACUAGUCAGAGGGAAGUGGUACUCUUGAAAGAGAAACUCAUCUUGGCUAAAGCUUCCAUUAUUGCCAUGACCACAUCAGGAGCUGCACGAUAUCAUACCAUACUCCAAGAAAUAAGUCCUAGGAUAACCAUUGUUGAGGAAGCAGCCGAAGUGUUAGAAGGACACAUUAUUACAUCUCUUACAGAACAAUGUGAACAUCUAAUACUCAUAGGAGAUCACAAGCAAUUAAGGCCUAAUCCAAAUGUUUACCAGCUGGCUACAAAAUUUAAUUUAGAUCUAUCCCUCUUUGAAAGAAUGAUAAAUAAUGAUGUUCCCUGUGAUGGUCUUGAUCUUCAACAUAGAAUGAGACCAGAAAUAUCCAAACUUAUGAAGCAUAUUUACCCCAAUCUAAAAGAUCACACAUCUGUUUAUAAUAGAAAACACAUUAAAGGCAUGUCAAAAGACGUAUUUUUCAUUAAUCAUAAUCACGCAGAGGAACAUGACACAGAAAGGAGAAGUCACUCAAAUCUCUACGAAGUUCAGUUCGUGAUACGAUUAACUGAAUAUCUUUUAAAACAAGGGUAUGGUCCAGAGUGUAUAACAAUUCUAACAACAUACACCGGUCAAUUGCUAUUAUUUAAGCAAAGGAUGCCUAAAAGUCAGUUUGAAGUAAUCAAAGUCACAUCGGUCGAUAAUUACCAAGGAGAGGAAAAUGAAAUUAUUAUUUUAUCUUUAGUGCGUAGUAACUUGGAAGACAAUAUCGGUUUCUUGAAGAUUGAAAACCGGGUAUGUGUAGCUUUGUCAAGAGCAAGGAACGGUCUCUAUGUUAUAGGGAAUUUUGAUAUGCUUGGAUAUAAAAGUUCAUUAUGGCGGGAUAUGGUGAAGACUUCAAAGACAUCAUGCGAAUUUGGAGAAGUGCUAUUGUUACGAUGCCAGAACCACCCUGGUGAUCCCGGAAUUGAGGUCAGCACACCAGAAGAUUUUCAAAAAGCCCCAGAUGGGGGGUGUCAAAAGAAAUGUUUUGCCAGAUUAGACUGUGGCCAUGCCUGUGCAAUGUCAUGCCACCCAGUAGAUUUGGAACACAAGAAGUAUCAAUGUCACAAACCAUGUUCUGAAACAUGUGUAGAGGGUCAUCCAUGUCAACUUAAAUGUUUUCAAAAAUGCCUGUGUCCAGUGCCUGUGGAGAAAACUAUACCACAAUGUGGACAUAUCGAACAAGUCCCAUGUCAUAUGCCUCCCGAAGACCACGAUUGUUUACACCCCUGCCAAAAGGUAUGUGUAGCAGGCCAUCCGUGUAAUUUGAAAUGCUUUGAAGUAUGUAAAUGUUCGAAACUUGUUGCUAAAGUUAUACCAUACUGUCAUCAUAUUGAACAAGUCCCAUGCCAUUUGUCUCCGGAAGACCACGCUUGUUUACACCCCUGCCAAAAGUUAUGUGUAGCAGGCCAUCCGUGUAAUUUGAAAUGUUUUGAAGUAUGUAAAUGUCCUAAACUCGUUGCUAAAGUUAUGCCUGGCUGUCAUCAUACUGAGCAAGUACCCUGCUAUAAGAAACCCAGUGAACACGCAUGCCAACAACCGUGUGUGAAGAUACUUUCUUGUGGGCAUAACUGUGGAAACAUUUGCAGUAGAAGCCACGAAUGUAAAACAAUCGAACAAAAGACUUUGCAUUGUGGGCACACUGGUGAAGUGAAGUGCACCGACCUGGAAAGGGCAAUUUGCAAUGCACACUGUAAAAAGAAACUAAAAUGUGGACAUGAGUGUCAAGGAACCUGCAAUGAAUGUAUGACACAAAGACUCCAUAAAGCAUGCAGUUGUACGAAUAAUUUAGCAAACUCUCCGUUAAGCCCAGCUGUUUGCAAAAGGAAAUGUCAACACGUUCCACAAAAAGCCAAAUCAGAUGAAUUCUACAAUCCAUGUAAAAAACCAUGUCCUUGGUUUUGUAAACAUCACCAAUGCGGAAAAGGCUGUUCUGAAAGAUGUACUCUACCACCGUGUGAACAACCAUGUGAGAAGACUUUAGGGUGUGGUCAUAUCUGCAUCGGGCUGUGUGGUGAACCUUGUCCACGCUACUGUAGAAUCUGUGAUGCUGAAGUUGUCACUGAAAUUUUCUUUGGACCAGAAAAUUCUCCAGAUGCACGAUUUGUUAUGUUGAUAGAUUGUCAACAUAUAUUUGAGUAUAACAUCCUGGAUAAGUUUAUGGAUUCAACCACCGACUUCCGGUGUAUCAUCUGUGAAACACCAAUUAAGCGAAGUUUACGAUAUGGUACCACCAUUGGAGAAACUGAAUUGGUAUUACAACGCAAACAAGAUUUUCUAAAAGGCUUAGAUAACGCUACGACCAGAGUACAAACUUUGCCCGAGACAAGUCCUUCUAUUUCAACAUUCUUACAAGAAGUAUUACAUAACUUUAAUAGGCUGCUUAAUUCUUGUAGAACGGAAACUGAAGUGGUAACCCUCGAAAACCAAUUAGAACUUGUGGUCAAGGCCGUGGUUACUCAUGUGCAUUUUCUUAAUAUAACGUAUAACAUGGAUAUCCUUACGGCACGUCUACAUGAUGACAUAGAUGUGGUAAAAAAGCAUUUUUACCAGUUUAUUAAAUGGCUGCAAUUAAAGCGGGUAGUGUUGAGUGAUCAAGAAACUGAUGACGCAAAACAUGAAUUUAUUCGACAGAGCUUAGCAUACCAAUUAAUUAUUUUUGAAAGUAAGAUAAAUGCACAGAAGCUUUCAGGUACAACGAAGCUAGACGUUUAUACCUGUAAAUCCAUCAUUACAAAAGGGCUACCACUCACGGAACAGAACAUAGAGUAUUUAAAAACCACCAUUAAUAAUUUGAAAGAAAUGGUGCCAUCAGCCGAUGACUGUAUUAUUGAUGUUGAUUUGGAGAUGUAGAUACAUUUACAGUAUAAAUAUAGCUAUCUGGGGAUGGCGCUUACUGGUAGUCGUUUACCAUGCAUUGUUCAACAUAUUGCUGAAGUUACCAAACAGUACAGAAAAUCUUUUUUAGUAUAGAGUACCGUUUUUAUACGCCCACAUUGAAAUGUGAUCGUAUAUUGUCGUUGCCCCCGUCCGUCCGUCCGUCCGUCGGUCCGGCGGUCCGUCGGUCCGGCGUCCACAAUUGCUUGUGGACGCUCUAGAGGUUAAAGUUAAUAACUGAUUGACUUUAAAUUUAUACACAGUGUUUAAGGUCAUGAGACGAAGAAGCCUAUUGAUUUUCAGCGAUUUCCGAUAAAUACUGCCAGAGUUAUGGCCCUUGAUCACUUCAAAAAAUAUUGUGGACGCUCUAAAGGCCAAAGUUAAUAUCCGAUUGACUUUAAAUUUAUACACAGUGUUUGAGGCCAUGAGACGAAGAAGCCUAUUGAUUUUCAACGAUUUCCGAUAAUUACUGCCAGAGUUAUGGCCCUUGAUCACUUCAAAAAAUCUUGUAGAUGCUCUAGAGGCUAAAGUUAACAUCCGAUUGACAUUAAAUUUAUACACAGUGUUUAAGGUCAUGAGAUGAUGAAUCCUAUUGGUUUUCAGCGAUUUCUGAUAAUUACUGCCAGAGUUAUGGCCCUUGAUAACUUAAAAAAAUCUUGUGGAUGCUCUAGAAGCGAAAGUUAAUAUUCGAUUGACUUUAUAUUUAUACACAGUGUUUAAGGUCAUGAGACGAAGAAGCCUAUUGAUUUUCAGCGAUUUCCAAUAUUUGCUGCCAGAGUUAUGGCCCUUGAUCACUUUGAAAAAUCUUGUGGACGCUCUAGAGGCCAAAGUUAAUAUCCGAUUGAUAUCAAUUUAUACACAGUGUUUAAGGUCAUGAAACGAAGAAGCCUAUUGAUUUUCAGCGAUUUCCGAUAAUUACUGCCAGAGUUAUGGCCCUUGAUCACUUCAAAGAAUCUUGUGGAUGCUCUAGAGGCUAAAGUUAAUAUCCGAUUGAGUGUAAAUUUAUACACAGUGUUUGAGGUCAUGAGACGAAGAUUCCUAUUGAUUUUCAACGAUUUCCGAUAAUUACUGCCAAAGUUAUGGCCCUUGAUCACUUUGCAAAAUCUUGUGAUGCUCUAAAGGCUAAAGUUAUAAUCUGAUUGACUUCAGAUUGAUACACAGAGUUUAAGAUCUUGAGACGAACAAGUUUAUUGAUUUUCAAUGAAUUUUUAUGACUUAAACAGUUAAAUCCAUGAUAUUAAUAGCUUUGCAUACAAAACGUUAGCAUGGGGCAGAACUUUAUAAAAACCAAACAAAUUCUAAUAGUUUUCUGAUAAUUACUUCGUGAGUUGUUGCUCUUAAUCAGAUUUUAGUGUAUUAUAAAUGUUUCAUUACCGAAAAAAGUAAAAAUAUGCGACAACCCUUGUUGACUGCCCGGACGAUUUAGUUGCUGUGGGCGUAUGUUUCGUUGCCUGGCAACCUAUCUUAUAUUCUAAUGAGUAUUUCUAUUUUAAGAGAUCAAUUGUAACUGCUAUUGUAAUAUUUUGUUCUCUCAUGCUUUUUAUACAAAGGGAUAUCGCUUUCUUUGUAUUUGACUUAUUCUUGUUUACUUUCAAAAACUUUAGACGAAACUUUGUUUGAUCCGUAUGUUGUUUUUUUUUUAAAAUUUAAAAUACUAAAUAUUUCGAUAUACCAAAUGAUCGUUUUAUUUAUAAUAGUAUAUGGGUGCAGUGCUUCUUGUGUAUUUAUUAAUCAUUUGUAUGUACAAUAAUUUUGAUUCAGGUAAGAGCGAAGGGGGACUUAUCGAUUCCACAGUAUGCUGUUUAUUUCGUUAUAUGUUGGAGUUUGAGUGACAUACCUAAACCCAAUUUCAUUUGCAGCGUCCUGUGAAGUGCUUCUUUAAGGCAAACCUUUUUUAGAGUUACCUCCCAUCAAUCUAAAUUUGUUUGAAAUAUUAUACAAAAAAAAGGUCACCUUUAGAAAAAUAAGCACCCCCACCCCCUCCCCCCAAAAAAGCAACCAACAUUGUGCAUGUUAGGCCUAAACAAGAGAGAACUCUUUUUAUGGCUGCAAUGUUUGAAACAGCUGUUCCUAUGUAGAUGUAAAUUACGGAAAAUAUUCUUAUUUGUAGUUUUAGAAAUGAAUCCGUGGUUGCCAUACCCGAGAAAUGAAAUAAAAAGGGGGUUUAGCGUAGGCUAAUACAUAUCUACGAAGACUGGGCUAAUGCAGACGGCUGUACGCCUUAUAGUGUGCUUUGAGGGGGUGGGGCAGUGGAGGGGCUACGGCAUACUCUUAUUUCAAUAAUUAUUAGGAUCAAACAGUCCUAUAUCGCCAUAGAAAAAGACAAUAUCAAAGUCAAGGUGGUAUUAUUUACCUUUUAUCACCCAAUAAUACAUUCUACAGUAGAUAUCGCUUGUGUGAUAAAUUUCAUAAUCUACUGCGAUAUCUCCUUUUUUAUUAAAAGUAACUCCUUUUUUAUUAAAAAUAAAUUGUUUUUAUUUAACUGACUUUGAUGGAAACACUGGGUCAAUAUAAAGGACUUUGUAAUGGUUGAAUUGCUGUCGAAAAAUGAUGUAUCACUACGCCGUAAUGUAAUCAGGUUCAGUAAAAGUCUAUAGCAAAGAAUUAUAUUUAUUUGUUUGUGCACAUAAGAAAGGAUUGGGUGAUAAAUAAAAUCUCGUUUUUUGUUACUUUAUCAACUUGUGUUGAUAUUUUUUGAUAUCAAAUAAGACUUGUAGGAGAUUCUAUAUUAUAUUAUUAUAUGUAUGGUGUUACAUUAGUGAGGUGAAGAAGCGUAUUUAAUUUCAUCAAUUUCCGUCAAUUUCCACCAAUUACUUCUAGAGUUAUGACCCUUGUUUCACUUUGUAGAACCUUGUGACCGAUCCAACGACAAAAAUUAUCAUGAUUGUAGGAAAUUGAUAUCACUGUCUUAUAAAUGCCCCCAUUACAAACAAAAGAAUAAAUAUGAGACGACCCUUGUCGACUGUACGGACGUUUUAGCCGUUGGGGGUGCAUGUUUCGUUGCCUGGCAACCUUUCUUUGUAUAAUUUAAAAAUGCAAAAUUAAAUUUUGGGGCAUUCUGACGCAUUGCGUCUUUACAAACAGCGUUCUCAGUGAAAUUUCACCCGGGCGCUGAAAAUGUCAUCAUUGCUGUGGAAUUUAUCGUCUUUAAUGUGAUCCUACUUUUUUAAAUUUUAUUAAAAAUAAUAUUUGAACUCAAA